GCUGCACAACACACUUGCCACCCACACACCGCGGAACUCAUAAAUCCUCCGGGCCUCUGCUAGCUAGCUCCUGCUCGAAGUAAAGCUUCGUCGUUUCCACAAACACCUCUGUGUGUACGAGCGCACCAUGGCCAUGCACGCCGCAAUGACCACCACGCUUCCCCCCCUUGCCCUCCUCUUCGUCUGCGCCGUGAUCAUGUCCGGCGCUUCGGCUUCGUCACCGUCGUCACUGCGGUUCCACUACAUCGACCCUCGCAACUUCACCAUGGCUGCGGCCACGUCACCAUCCUCAUCCUCGUCGCCGCGCCGCGAUGGCCGCCCCUCGCUGGCGCUGCUGCACCGCGGCGCCGUCUCCGGCAGGACGUACCCAUCAACGCGGCACGCGGUGCUCGGCCUCGUGGCAAGGGAUGCCGUGCGGGUAGAGUACCUCCAGGGUCGCCUCUCGCCGACGACGAUGACGACGGAGGUGGGGUCGGAGGUGGUGUCCGGCAUCUCCGAGGGCAGCGGCGAGUACUUCGUCCGCGUCGGCGUGGGGUCGCCGCCCACGGAGCAGUACCUGGUCGUGGACUCCGGGAGCGACGUCAUCUGGGUGCAGUGCCGCCCCUGCGCCGAGUGCUACCAGCAGGCCGACCCUCUCUUCGACCCGGCCGGGUCAGCGUCCUUCGCCAUCGUGCCGUGCGGCUCCGGCGUCUGCCGGACGCUACCCGGCGGGUCAUCCGGCUGCGCCGACUCCGGAGCGUGCCGGUACCAGGUGUCGUACGGCGACGGGUCGUACACCCAGGGCGUACUCGCGAUGGAGACGCUCACGUUCGGGGACAGCACGCCGGUGCAGGGCGUCGCAAUCGGCUGCGGCCACCGCAACCGCGGCCUCUUCGUCGGGGCGGCCGGCCUGCUCGGCCUCGGCUGGGGCCCCAUGUCGCUCGUCGGGCAGCUUGGCGGCGCGGCAGGCGGUGCCUUCAGCUACUGCCUCGCCAGCCGCGGCGCCGACGCCGGCGCCGGGUCGCUCGUGCUCGGCCGGGACGACGCCAUGCCGGUGGGCGCCGUGUGGGUGCCCCUGCUGCGUAACGCGCAGGAGCCCAGCUUCUACUACGUUGGCCUCACUGGGCUCGGCGUCGGCGGCGAAAGGCUCGCGCUGCAGGACGGGCUCUUCGACCUCACCGAGGACGGCGGCGGCGGCGUGGUGAUGGACACCGGCACGGCCGUGACGCGGCUCCCGGCCGACGCCUACGCCGCGCUGCGCGACGCGUUCGCGGACGCCGUCGGCGGCGGCCUCCCGCGCGCGCCGGGCGUGUCGCUGCUGGACACUUGCUACGACCUGAGUGGGUACGCGAGCGUGCGCGUGCCGACGGUGGCCCUCUACUUCGGGCGGGACGGCGCGGCGCUGACGCUGCCGGCGAGGAACCUGCUGGUGGAGAUGGGCGGCGGCGUGUACUGCCUGGCGUUCGCGGCGUCGGCGUCGGGGCUGUCCAUCCUCGGCAACAUACAGCAGCAGGGGAUCCAGAUCACCGUCGACUCCGCCACUGGUUACGUUGGCUUCGGACCCGCGACGUGCUAGUAUCCUAGUUCUGCUGCCACGUCAAACGUAGAGGAUUGAGUAGGCCCGCUUUGUAUAUACGCGAUGGGAUCGUAUUGUACGAUGUAUAACUAUAUGUAGGUACAAUAUAUGCGUCGAACCAACAUGUAUUUGGAUGGUUAGGAGGACCCUGGUAUCCCGAGCCCACUAGAGUUCAAAUCCUGAUGCUCACAUUUAUCCUGGAUUUAUUUCAGGAUUUCCGGCGAUGCACCCUAAGUAUAUCGGUAACCCACAAAUUUUCUCCUGCAUCAGUGCAAACGCGGACAGAUUUUAUUUAAGUUCGUAUAUAUAAUUUACAUAAAUGGACUUC